AUGCGCGCGAUCAUGUUCGGCGAGACGGACGCGCCGCCCGACCCCGCGACGCAGUCGACGCUCGCGAGCGAGGUGGCGAAGAGCGACCUCCUCGGCGUCCUCAUCGCGUCCCUGCCGUCGCUCCACUUCGAGACGAGGAAAGACGCCGCUGCGGUGUUCAACGGGCUGAUGCGCGUCGAGCCCGAGGACGCGCCGUGCCCGUUCGUGGAGUAUCUAGAGCGGCGACCGGAGUUGCUGAGGACGAUGACGACCGCGUCGGAGCUGGCGGGCGCGGAGGCGGACGGCCAGGGCGGCGGCGGCGGCGACGCGUCCGCGGCGCUGACGCUCGGGACGAUGCUGCGAGAGGCGGUUCGGCACGAGCGACUGUGCGCCGCGGUGCUGCGCGACGCGAAAUUCGAGAAGAUGUUCGAGUACAUGCAGCUGCCGACGUUUGAGAUCGCGUCGGAUGCGGCGGCGAGCUUUCGAGAGAUUCUCACGCGGCACAAGGGCGCCGUCGCGACGUUUCUCUCCGAGCACUUCGACGGCUUCUUCGGGAAGUUCAACGCGAUGCUCGAGAACGGGAACUACGUCACGCGGCGGCAGAGCUUGAAGUUGUUGUCCGAGCUGCUGUUAGACCGCGCGAACGUCGGGAGCAUGAUGCGAUACAUCGGCAGCGUCGAGAACAUGUGCCUCAUGAUGAACCUGCUGCGAGACGAGGCCAAGAGCAUUCAGUUCGAGGCGUUUCACGUCUUCAAGGUUUUCGUCGCCAACCCGAACAAACCGCCGGCGGUGCUGUCCAUCUUGUUGAAGAACCGCGAGAAGAUGAUCGGAUACCUCGCGAACUUUCAGAACGACCGGGAGGACGAGCAGUUCGUGGAGGAGAAGGCGAUGCUGAUGCGUCUGAUGGAGCAGCUGCCGCAGCCGGAGACGAACUACUGCGUGCGAGUGCCGGAGUCGCCGACGAAGUCGUCGUCGCCGUGACGUGAC